UCAUUGUACCUCAGUGGUAGCCGUUAGCUUAUUAAAGUAACGUUAGCUAGCUAGUUACCCAUCUUUGUUACCGCUGUGUAAAGUUAUAGGAGACCUAUGAUAUUGUAACUAGCUGAUUUGUUGAAGCACAACAAAAACCCAUUUUUGUAAAGUGGAGGAAGAUCCCUGACUCUCUGGGCACUGGUGUGAUCUGGAGGAGGCUAAAUCCCAGUCUUUCCAUUAUAGUGAACCAAACUGGGAAACGAGGGGCAGCUCAUCCAUAGAAGACUGGCUGUGAACUCUGGGACUGGUACCGAUAAGGGAAGGGGGGGUUGAUUUUCCAGUGUUGAGUUGAUGUUGUUGCAGCUAUGUCAGAAGCCAUCCUCACCUUCCAGUACCAACUCAAUGGAGUCAUGGAAACGGUCCUGAAAACCGCGGUGCAUGAGAUCACUCGGCUGGUGAAGGACAGCUUCCUGGAGGAAGUGACGGGGGGCAAGCAGGAAGUUGACGUCUUGAAGGAGAGGCUGCAGCAGUUUGAGCAGAGAUGGAGGGACGGAGAGGAAGAGAGGAAGAGGAGGGAAGUUGAAGAGAAAGAGCAGAGGGGGAUGUGUAGGAGAUGUGGUUGUGCUGGAGACACUGAGGAGAGAGAAGAGGCUCUGUCAGCAGCAGAGGAAGGAUGGGUUAUCAAACAGGAGAUGUUCCAGCCAAGUGGACCCAGCGCUCUCCCAGAGAGAGAGGGUCCACAGGAAUUGGCCAAUCCCAGCUCUUCCUGUGUCUCUGAAAGGAUAGAAGAGAGCGAGGCCCAUGUGGUCCAUAUCAAAGAGGAGCCAGAAGACUCAGGGGACUUGGUUACCCAGAUGAUCACAUCCACAGAUUCCCCCAUAAUGAGCCUGAGUCGUCUGCAGAGAUUGAGCUCAAACGCUGGGGCAUGGGCCAGUGAGCCUCCACCUCUACUCCCAGCACCAUGGGCUAGUGAGCCUCUUCCUCCAGCACUAUGGGCCAGGGAGCCGCUACCUAUACCUCCAGCACCAUGGACCAGGAAGGAGCAGCACCUACUCUCAAGGUCAGUGAUACCCACCCAGGGGACAGAGCGUGCUGCGGGGGCCCUCGAGACCAGCCCCUACGGCCUGAACAUCAACACAACGGCACAGCUGAGGGUCAAACCUUACAGCUGCCCACACUGUGGGAAGAGCUUCCCUCAGCUCCGAAACCUAAAAGACCACCAGAAGUACCACCACACAGGGAAGAAGGCCUUCACCUGCUCCCAGUGUUUUAAGGGCUUUGUGUACAUGUGCCACCUCAGGGUACACAUGCAGUGCCACAUGGUGGAAAGGCCGUUCAGCUGCUCUCAGUGUGGGAAGAGCUUCAGCCUUCAGAGCAGCUUGAAGAGACACAGGAUCAUUCACACUGCAGAGAGCCCUUACCACUGCACGGACUGUGGGAACAGAUUCAAUUCUAGAGCAGACCUGAAAACACAUGAACAGAUUCAUACAGCAAGGUAGUCACUUUGUUGCUUUUUGUGCUAUUGCUCUGUCUGCGUGCUGCUUGUCCUAUGUUGCUCUGUAUGUGCUCACUGCACAUUCUUUGUCUGUAUUGUUAUUGUUUUUAAUAACCUGCCCUGGGACUGCGGUUGAAAAUUAGCCUGCUAGCUAAAACCGGACACUUUUACUGAAACAUUGAUUAAUUUGCACUGACCCUGUAAAAAUAAACUCAAACUCAAGGUAGAUAUUUGAGAUGGGUGACAGGUAGCAUAGCGGUUAAGAGCG